CAAAAAAGCAUCAAUUUCAGCAAUUAGAAAGUGGCAUUACUGGAAUUUACCUGAUGUUCUUUUGUAGACAAAUGCUUUUUUUCAACUUGACUUGUUUCAAAAAGUAGAUUCUCACUUGCAGCCAUUACCUAUGGAUGUAUACUAAGUUUGAAAGUCCUAGGAAUACCACUGAUGGAAUCCUGAAGGCAGAAUUGGCUAUGAUGUCAUAGACCCUUGAAGGAAACUUCUAAAAGUGAUACUUAGUUAUAACAGAGACUAAACAAGAAAGACGCUUACUGAAUAAGGUGGGAUCCAAUAAGAGUGUAGUAUGGAAUGCAAUAACUUAUGAAUUACUUUUUUUCUGAGGGAGUCAACAGAAUGACACCUAAGAAAGGCAAAGUCUUUGACACUUGGUACGUUUGUGAUUUUUGGUCAUUACUUGAAAAUUAAUAAAUUUGAAAUCACUAGUCUUAGAAAUGGAAGAAAGUGAUGACUCUAAUCAGCCUAUCUCAGCAUGUAGGCAAGAAAUUCGAAAGAGAAGACGACCCAGCCAACCAAUGGUAGACAAAAACCAGCAAACUGAUGUAAUAGAGAAAAAGAAACACAUGGCCAUACCAAAAUCAUCUAGCCCCAAAGCUACCCAUCGUAUCGGUAAUACUUCUGGAAGCAAAGGCAGCUACUCUGCCAAAGCCUAUGAGUCUAUUAGAGUAUCUUCUGAACUUCAGCAAACUUGGACAAAGAGAAAGCGUGGACAGGAAAUGACUAGUAAGUCUCUCCAGACAGCCACCAUUGUAGAAGAGAAAAAAGAAGUCAGGUUAGUUGAGGAAACCGUGGUACCUGAAGAAAAGUCAGCUGAUGUUAGAGAAGGUGCUACUAAAUUGCCAAAGAGUGUUCAGGAAGUAGAAAUUCCACCAAACAUACCUUCAGUUCAACUAAAAAUGGACAGAUCUCAGCAGACCAGCCGUACAGGAUACUGGACCAUGAUGAACAUCCCUCCUGUAGAAAAAGUGGACAAGGAACAACAGACAUACUUUAGUGAAUCGGAAAUAGUGGUUAUUUCCAGGCCGGAUAGUUCUUCUACAAAGUCAAAGGAAGGUGCCCUGAAACAUAAAUCCUUGGGAAAGAUUUUUGCUAGUGAACACCCUCAACCAGCAACAAACAGCAAUGAAGAAAUUAGGCAGAAAAGUAUCAGCAGAACUUCAUUUACUGAGGAGACUAAAAAUGGUCCUCUGGUACUUUUAGAAGAUGAGCUUAGGGAAGAAGUAACUAUACCUGUUGUACAAGAAGGUUCUGCUGUUAAAAAAGUGGCUUCUGCUGAAAUAGAGCUUCCACCAACAGAAAAAUUUCCAGCUGAAAUACAGCCUCCAUUAGUUGAAGAGGCCACUGCUAAGGCAGAGCCCAGACCUGCUGAAGAGACUCAUGUCCAAGUACAGCCAUCAACUGAAGAGACUCCUGCUGCUGAGGCAGCCGCUGCAGUUGCAGAGAAUUCUGUUGAAGUUCAGCCUCCACCUGCUGAAGAGGCCCCAUUAGUGGAGUUUCCUGCUGAAAUUCAGCCUCCAUCAGCUGAAGAGUCUCCUUCUGUAGAGCUUCUUCCUGAAAUUCUGCCUCCAUCAGCUGAAGAGUCCCCUUCAGAAGAGCCUCCUGCUGAAAUUCUGCCUCCACCAGCUGAAAAGUCUCCUUUGGUAGAGUUUCCUGGUGAAAUGCCAUCUGCCUCAGCAGAAAAGGCUCCCAUUGAAGUACAGCCUUUACCAGCUGAGGGCGCCCUUGAAGAGGCCCCAGCUAAAGUAGAGCCUCCCACUGUUGAAGAGACCUUUGCUGAAGUUCAGCCUCUAUUACCUGAAGAGGCUCCUAGAGAAGAGGCUCGAGAACUUCAGCUUUCAACAGCUCUGGAGACCCCUGCAAAAGAGGCUCCUACUGAAUUUCAGUCUCCAUUAGCUAAAGAGACCACUGCAGAAGAGGCCUCUGCUGAAAUUCAGCUUCUAGCAGCUACAGAGGCUCCUGCAGAUGAAACUCCUGCUGAAGCUCGGUCUCCACUAUCUGAGGAGACUUCUGUAGACGAGGCUCCUGCUGAAGUUCAGUCUCCAUCAGCUAAGGGAGUUUCUAUAGAAGAGGCCCCUCUUGAGCUUCAGCCUCCAUCAGGUGAAGAGACCACUGCGGAAGAGACCUCUGCUGCAAUUCAGCUUCUAGCAGCUACAGAGGCUUCUGCAGAAGAGGCUCCUGCUGAAGUUCAGCCUCCACCAGCUGAGGAGGCCCCCGCUGAAGUUCGGCCUCCACCAGCUGAGGAGGCCCCCGCUGAAGUUCGGCCUCCACCAGCUGAGGAGGCCCCCGCUGAAGUUCAGUCUCUACCAGCUGAGGAGACUCCUAUAGAAGAGACCCUUGCUGCGAUACACUCUCCCCCAGCUGAUGAUGUCCCUGCAGAAGAGGCCCCCGUUGACAAACAUUCCCCACCAGCUGAUUUGCUUCUGACUGAGCAGUUUCCUAUACGAGAGGCCUCUGCUGAAGUUUCACCUCCACCAUCUGAACAAACCCCUGAAGAUGAGGCUCUGGUAGAGAAUGUGUCUACUGAAUUUCAGUCACCGCAGGUGGCAGGAAUUCCAGCAGUAAAAUUAGGAUCAGUUAUUUUGGAAGGUGAAGCAAAAUUUGAAGAGGUUUCACAAAUGAAUUCUGUCCUUAAAGAUUUGUCUAAUACCAGUGAUGGACAGGCUCGCACUCUUGAAAUAGAAGGUGUUUUUCAUAUAGAACUAAAACAACGUCCUCCUGAACUGUAGUCAGGUUGUACCUGAGCUAGCAAUCAGAAGCUACGUGGUUUUGGAAGAACAUACUUUAGAAAAGGGUGGGCGGCGGGAAGUAGCUUUGUCAAUAAGGCAAAUUAAAGGGAACCCCAAGACUUGGAAUACAGGUUGGAAAAUGAACAAUAAAAACUGUAA